AUGCAAGUCAACAGCUCUCCCUCCGGAGGCGGCUCGACCGUGGUAAUUGAAAUGCCUUCCACCACCCAUCAAAGAGUACAUUCGGACAAAGAUAUUCCCACCUCCUCAGACACAUCCGCUGGUGCCUUACCGCCUCAAUCCACCUCCAUACCUCAACUACAAAAAUGGAACUCUCCUCGGACCAACAUGUGGCGGUGCUUGGCCACCUUCUAUUCGUUUGUCAUCCUGGGGGCAAAUGAUGCUGCAUACGGAGCUCUCAUACCUUACCUCGAGACUUGGUAUAAUGUCAAUUACACGGUGAUUUCUUUGGUGUUUUUGAGCCCAAUCGUUGGUUACACAAUGUCGGCAUUACUGAACAAUCACAUUCAUACCGUUUAUGGACAAAGGGGAGUGGCCUGGAUAAUGAGCAUGUCACAUUUGGGCGCAUACACUGCUAUUUGUCUUCAUCCUCCGUACCCCGUUUUGGUGGUGGUAUUUAUCCUGGCAGGAUUCGGAAAUGGAUUAGGGGAUAGUGGGUGGAAUGCCUGGAUCGGCGACAUGGCCAAUGCCAAUGAGGUCCUUGGCUUUCUCCACGGCUUCUACGGUCUGGGUGCCGCCAUUUCCCCUCUCAUUGCUACCACCUUGGUGACGCAGGCCGGUUGGCGAUGGUAUGAAUUCUAUUACCUCAUGGUCGGGGCAGCAGCACUUGAGGUGGCGUUUCUCGUCGGCACCUUUUGGAAAGCGGAUGCCCGGGCGUAUAGUGCUGAACACCCACAAAUGGCCAACCUGGGCACUUCCGGCUCCAGCACUCCCACCACCAAUGAUCAUAUCGACCACACUCGCCCAGCCGAGGGUCAAAGAGGCAUCUUGUCCAAGCUGAGUCCGUUUGGUAAAAGGGCCAAAGGCAAGAGUAAGACCGCUGAAGCGGUCAAGAACAAGGUCACCAUUCUGGCCUCAAUUUUCCUGUUGAUCUACGUGGGGAUCGAAGUCGGCAUUGGAGGAUGGAUUGUCACCUUCAUGCUGCGAGUGAGAAAGGGUUCCCCAUUCGGGUCGGGACUGACAUCGAUGGGAUUUUGGCUGGGGAUUACCGUGGGUCGAUUGAUCCUCGGGUUCGUCACGGCUCGACUGUUUGAGACUGAAAAGCAUGCGGUGGCCGUCUACCUGGUUUGCAGCGUGGCAUUGCAAUUAAUGUUCUGGCUCAUUCCGAACUUCUUCGUGAGCGCGGUCAUGGUUGGUUUCCUGGGCUUCUUUCUGGGGCCCUUAUUCCCCGCGGCCGUUGUGGCAUUGACCAAGCUCCUCCCGAAGAAGCUGCACGUCGCCGCCGUGGGGUUCGCCGCCGCCUUUGGAGCCAGCGGGGCAUGCGUGCUACCGUUCGCGGUUGGGGCCAUUGCGAACGCCAAGGGAGUUACGGUGCUACAACCCAUUAUUCUCGCUGCCCUCGUGUGCUGCUUAAUUGUGUGGCUGCUGGUGCCAAGGUUGCCCAAGCAAAGGAUGGCAUAA